AAUAAUUACAUCACAUAAUUUCUGUUAAAUUGGCUCACAAUAGUAUGAGCAAUUAUCAAUAAUUAUCUGUAACAUUAUUUAGUAAGUGUCAAAGACGAAAAGUUUUUGUAGGAAGUAUAAUUCAGGCUGUUAUUUGGACACCCUCGGCGCGCAGGACCUCUUCGGUACAGUAUGGCGGCGCCCGGCAGAGUUCUGAACUGUGAGGACUUUUCAAUGUUUCAGGAAGUAUUAAAAGGGAUGCGCACCAUAGAUGACAGAAUUGUCCAUGCCCUUAAUACCACUGUGCCCACGGUGUCCUUUUCAGGCAAAGUGGAUGCCACACAGACCUGCAAAGAACUUUAUGAAUCUCUCAUGGAAGCCCAUCUUUCCAGAGAUAAGGCAAUAAAGUCAUGUAUUACAGAGACCUCUGCUGUCCUCGGGAAGUUACGUGAAGAGAGGGCAAAAGAUAGUGACAACUUGUCAAUUAUCAAGCAACUCAGGAAAGAACAAACUAAGUUAAAACUCAUGCAGUCUGAGCUAAAUGUUGAAGAAGUGGUCAAUGACCGAAGUCUAAAGGUUUUCAAUGAAAGGUGCCGAAUUCACUACACCCCUCCUAAGAUCAAGUGAAUGAUAGUUCUGUUGUCAACAUGAACCACACAGUUAUUCUGAGGACAACACCUGGAGCUGAGCCGGGACAUUGAGCACAAACGUCCCUAUCUCUCAUCCCACAAACCCUCCUCUCCGCCACUCUGUCUGUGGCUUUGUGUUUCUACAGUGAAGGAACACUACUGUUGCCCAAGUGUAAAACUUUUUGUAUAAAUAUUGUACAAAAGAUUUUAUUAAAAAUGAAAUGUUUUCCAA